AUGGCUGCGCCCCCACCUCCGCAGGCCCUGUCCAUGGAGGAACUCCCCGAGGAAACCCAGCGCCUGAUCCUGAGGCACAUCCCGUGCAGCGUCGACCACGGCCGCAUGUCCCUCGUGUGCCGCGCGUGGCGUAACAUGAUUCGCCGGCAGCGGAACCAGCUGGUGGGGCAACUGCUCCCGCAGCGGCGGCUGCUCCCGUGGCUCCUCCUUCGCGCGCCCUUCCCCGUCGGGAGCACCCGCGUCGCCUGCGUCCUCAGCGGCUGCCGUGUCCACCACUUCCUCAACAUCACCCCGCUCGAGGCGCGCUGCUUCGGCUCGCACGACGGCGCCUGGCUCCUCCUCGACACCCGCGAGCUGCGCCCCCACAAGGCCCUCAACAUCCGCACCGGCAACGUCUGCGACCUCCCGCGAAAGCUCCGGCGCCGGACCGAUCCAUACGUCCACAGAAUGGUCAUCCACGUCGCCGCGCUCUCAUCCUCGCCGGAACACACGAACUACGUUGGCGCCGCCAUCGUCACAUCCUGGCGGAACCCAGCCCCUAGCGUCGUAGCCGCCCUGCCGCCACGCCAUCGCUGCGUCGCGCUCUGGCGCAAGAAUUGGCGGUGGGUCUUUGAUUUCGUGCCACCAGGCGAUGGCGACGUUGCAUUGGAUGUUGAGGACGUCCUCUACCUCUACAGUGGAGCCUUCGCUUUCGUCACCCAGGGCGAACAUCUCCGCCUGUGCAAGCCAUUCCGGCUUCAAGAGAACAUGCUGACAACAAAGUGGGAGACGCUCCGGUUCCGUCCCCGUGGACGCCUCCACGACCAGUACGUCCGCGCUCGCUACCUCGUCGUGUCCCGCGAGGAGCUUCUCAUGGUCGUGAGGUUCACGCCUCAUCCUAAUCAGCCGACGUCCAAGUUCAAGGUGUUCCGGGGGAUCGAACGGAACAUUGCUGACGCCGACGCCAACUUCCCCGUCGAUCUGUACCCCUUCGAAUGGAGCGAGCUGGACACGCUGGGUGACCAGAUGCUGUUCGUCGGGCAUGGCUGCUCCAGAUCCUACAAGGCGGAUGAGUACCUCCAGGGAGGCAUCUACUUCUUGGAUGAUGGAAAGUUCUAUGACGAUGCGGUGAUCUUCGGCAAUGGCAAUGUGAAUCACUACCCCUGCAGCGACAACGGGAUGUGGUCAGAAGGCGGCCAUGUCCAGCGCUGCUUCCCGAGGCCAGACCCAUUGGACCAAUCUGCUCCAGUUUGGCUUCUCCCUUGA